AUGUCUCAAGAAAAUCCGGAUGUGCUUUUCAAGGAGGAGCGGAGCGAGCUCCUCGAGGGGAGCCUGAGUGACCACCUCAGCGAGUUCAAGAAACGGGAGCACGUGUACCUGGCGUGCAUCUCCUCGCUGGAGAAGGAAAUUUGCCAGACGCACACCUACCUGAACGAAUGGAGGAACAUGCACAUGUACGAAGACGAGGAGGGCAAGGCCCCCAAGGAAGACCUCAUCAACAUCAACUCACUGAGGAACCUGCUGAUAGACCCAUCCAUGAAUUUAGAGAUAAAAGAAUUGAGGCAAAAAAUUUAUGAAGUAACGAGGAAGUGGAAUCUCGCGGAGGAAAAGCUACAAGGGUUUAAUUUCGACGCUCAGGCAACGGCAGGACAAAGACUCAUAAGUAAGUGCAAAAAAUUGCAAGACGAAAACUACGAGUUGGGAAAAACCCUGGAAGAGAAUACUCUCCAACCAUUGUCCAUACAAAUAAUUAAUAUGAAAGAGCAAAUGCUUUUUUAUAAAAAUGAAUUAAAAAUUUUAAAAGAGUUAAAUGCUGACAUUGAUGAAGAUAAUGAGCUGUUAAGUCAGCAGCUGGGGGAGCUCUCCAAAAAGUACACGCAGAUUAGUAAGGAGAAAGCUGAGCUGGAGGAAAAAAAUUUGAAACUGAGGAACCACGUCAGUGCGCUGCAGCUCAAGUUGAGGGCGCAGGGGGGAAGUCACCGUGGGGGCAGCCACGAGGGGGCAAGUCACCGUGAGGGCAGCCACCGUGGGGGAAGUCCAAGUCACAGCAGGAGGAGUCACGAUAGGAGCAGUCGCGCUGCAACUCCACGCAGUAGGAGCAGCCACGCGUAUGGGAAAUACCCGGCGGAGCGCCGCCACGACACGUUCUCCUCCCGAAACACCUCCCUGCACAACAACAACCACAGCGGUAGCCACAAAGUAAGCCAGGCGAACUACGAGGAUAGCCACCGGGGCGGGGGAGGAUACUCCAAGUAUAGGCAAGACGACACGCACACUAACUUCCACGAUGAUGAAGAGGAGGAUGCGUGGAGGGAGGGAUACAAAAGGAGUGACUCCCACCUGAGGGAAAGGAAACAUAACCCAGAGGAUGACACCCGCACGUUCUACAAUGAUGAAAACUACAGGAAGAGGAGCUCCGAGGAGAGCAGGGAAAGGAAGUAUAGGAAGCUGGACCGGCACCACCACAGGGAUAGGAAGGCCGACAGGGAGAGGGAAAAGGAAAAGGAGAGGGAGAAGGAGAAGGAGCGGGAGAAGGAGCGGGAGAAGGAACGGGAAAAGGAGAAGCACAAGCUGAAGGAUAAGGAGCGGAGCCGCAAGGAGCGGGGGCGCGAAAAGGACAAGGAUAAGGAUAGGGAUAAGGAUAAGGAUAAGGAUAAGGAUAAGGAUAAGGAUAGGGAUAAGGAUAAGGAUAGAGAGUCGGAAAGGGACCGCGAUAGGGAUAGGGAUAAGGAGAGGGAUAGGGAAAAGGACCGGGAUAAGGACCGCGAGCGGGACCGGGACAAGGCCAAAGAGAGGGCCAAAACGAAGGAACGCGAAAAGGCGAAAAGCAGGCACAAAAGCAAAAAUAAGGAAAAGGGAAAGGGCAAGGGAAAGAGAGACGAAAACUACGACAGCAGUAAUUACUCAGAACCGAAGAGAAGAGCUACCAAGGAUCAUGGGGAUGACCGUCGGGACCAUUCCAGGGCGGACAAGUUUGACCACUCCAACGCGUCUAAGAAUGGGGAUGCCGAUGAUAAGGCGAGUGAGUUCGACCGCUACGUCUACCUGCACAAGUGA